CAAUAGCUCAAGCAGUUAUCUGUGCACGCGCGAUUCAACGACAUCGUAUCAAGACAAUCGGCGUGAUUUAUUAAACGUUUCGCCAUUAUGGAUACUUGGAUACUGUUGUCAAUUUUAACUAGUACCAUCGCUAUUUAUUAUUACUUCUUUAAAAAUUUAAAUUUCUUCAAAAAACAUGGGAUUCUACAUAUUCCACCGUGGCCUGUCAUGGGUAACAUGGCACCAGUGUUUCUUCGUCAAUUAUCGAUAGCUGAACUUAUUCAAAAAAUCUACAAGGUGAAUCCAGAUGCGAAAUAUGUCGGUUUUUUCGACAGCAUGAAUCCAGUAGUGAUGAUUCGUGAUCCAGAUCUCAUCAAGUCUAUCGCCAUCAAGAACUUCGAUUCAUUUACCGAUCAUCGCAGUUUUAUCGAUGAAGUUAGCGAUCCUCUAUUUGGCAAAAAUUUAUUUUCGCUUCGUGGUGAAAAAUGGCGAGAUGUGAGAAAUUUAUUAAGUCCCGCUUUUACAUCUAGUAAAAUGAAAGCUAUGUUUAAGCUAAUGGCUAAUUGUGCUGCCAAUUUUACCGAGUUUCUUUCCACGUUACCUUCUGACAAAAGUGUUAUGGAAAUGAAAGACUGCUUCACCAGGUACACGAAUGACGUAAUCGCAACCUGCGCCUUCGGAAUUAGCGUUGACUCUAUGAGAAAUCCUACCAACGAAUUCUAUGUUUAUGGUAAAGUUGCUACAACUUUUGACACUUUACGCACUAUAAAAUUUUAUCUCAUUAGAAGUAUGCCUCGUAUCAGCAAAAUGUUGGGUAUUAAACUCCUUGAUAAUCGAAUAAGUCAAUUUUUCAAAAAUCUCGUGAGAAACACGAUAGACAUCAGAGACAAACAGAAUAUUGUACGGCCAGAUAUGCUGCAACUGAUGAUGGAAAGUAGAGGAAAAAGAGGGUCCGGCAAAGAAUUAACUAUCGAGGAUAUGACUGCGCAGGCAUUUAUUUUCUUUUUCGGCGGCUUUGAUACCGUUUCCACAUUGAUGUGCUUCGCUGUUCACGAAAUUGCCGUUAAUCCAAGCAUUCAGACAAAAUUACGCAACGAGGUAGACGACGUUUUGAAGAAAACAAAUGGGGAAUUGACCUAUGAAGCUUUGAAUGGAAUGGAAUAUUUAGAUGCUGUCGUUAAUGAAGCUCUUAGGUUUUGGCCUGUGGCAGUUUUCCAAGACAGAUUAUGUGUGCAGGAUUUCGAAUUACCACCAGCACUUCCCGGAGAUAAGCCUUUCAUCGUGAAAAAAGGAUCAGUCGUUUGGUUUCCUGUUUAUGGUCUUCAUCGAGAUUCCAAGUAUUUCGAGAAACCGGACGAGUUCUAUCCCGAACGUUUUCUGGACGAGAAUAAGAAAAAUUUAAAUGUUAAUGCAUAUUUACCGUUCGGAAUUGGACCGAGAAUGUGCAUAGGUAACAGAUUUGCAUUAUUAGAAGCUAAGGUUGUGAUAUUCUACUUAUUAGCUCGUUGCGAAUUAAAACCAUGCGCGAAGACUUGCCAUCCUUUACGAUUGAGCAAAAAAAAUUUUGCCAUGCUAGCAGAAGGAGGGUUUUGGCUGAAAGUUCAAGCGAGAAACGAUGUUCAUACUAGCGUAUUAACAAGCGUUAAUGGUACUGCGACUAAUGGCCAUAUUUAAAUUCACAUAAUUGCUAACAAUGUAUAUGAAUAAAUGUCUGGUUCUAUUACAUUUAUAUGACUUUAUUAUGACUUAAGAGAAACGAUUUGUAAUAUUGAUAUAUGUAAUGAAAAUGUGCGCGUGUAAAAUAAUUUUAUUAUU